AUGUUCCCCAAGAUUCUCAAAUAAAAUAUCUUCUUAUUGUUGCACAAGCCUGCUCAGAAGAAAAAAUAUUUUGUUUAUUUAUUAGUAGUUUAAUACUAUAUUUGCUCUUUUUUUUUUGAUUUUUCAUAUAUGAAUUAAUAAAUAUUUGCUAAUUAGCCAAUCAAAUUAAUAAAAUUCACUAGGAAAAAAAAAUACCCAUACACAUACAAAGAAAAGUAAAUUUUACUCUUAUUUUCUUAUUUAAUUUUUAGAAAAGAAAAAGCCUAUUUCUGCUUUCAAUAUAAAAUAGGUAGAGAUUUUUAAAAAUUUUUAUAUUAAUUUUAUAGCGAAGGUGACAAAUAAAAUUAAAUUCUCUUUAAAAAGUUUUUAAAUGUUGAAUAUAAUUUUUUGUUAUUUGUUCCUCUACAUCAAGAUUAUUUUAUAUAGGUUUAAAAUAUAGAUAGGUGUACGUUUUCUGAAUAAUAUAUUGACAGAAAGCGCUAAACAGUAACGAAAUCCUUGCAAUAGAAAGAGUGA